UCAACAGUUGUUCCGUUCCGUCCAGCAGCACACACGCUAAUAUAUACCUGCGCUCAGGCGAGCGGGAGACAAAACUAUUACGAACAUGGCAAAUCUGAGUUUGAUGUGCAAGUUCUUGUUAGCGUUAUUAUGCUGUAGCACAGUAGGCAUCAAUGCCCAAGUUCCAAAGCCAGCACCGCCAACCCAUUGGAACUACGAACAUCCGAAUGAAUGGAAGGAACAUUUCUCGUCUUGCGGAGGGGAGCAUCAGUCGCCCAUCAACCUCGAGCUGAGCAAAGCCGCUGUUGUCGAUUAUCCCAAAUUCAGUUUCAACAACUACGACCAGGUCUUCCCCGAAAUGGUUACCAACAACGGACACACAGUUAUGAUGCGUGUGGAGAGUGGGGGCAAAACCGUAGAAGAGUUGCCGUUUAUUACCGAUGGAGGACUAACAGACCGUUUCAACUUUUUCCAGCUCCAUUUUCAUUGGGGUAAAGACACGAUGAGGGGCAGCGAACAUUACAUCAAUAAUCGACAAUAUCCAGCCGAACUGCACAUUGUCCACUUCAACGCCAAAUACGGAAGCUUUAACGACGCUGUCGUUCAUCCGGACGGAUUAGCCGUCUUGGGAAUUAUGAUGGAGUUGGAGACUAGAGAUAACAUUGCCUUCCGCCAUCUGGAAUAUUUUGACGAAAUUAUUAACCCCGACGUGGAUAAAAAGAGUGUCUUGCCUUAUUCCUUUCCGCUGAUGGAUUUUAUUCCCGACCGAACCGGAAGCUUCUACCGAUACAACGGCUCGUUGACUACUCCCGGCUGUAACGAGGACGUCAUCUGGACGGUUUUCGACACCCCGAUCGGUAUUUCCAAACGCCAGUUGCGCAUCUUUAGAAAGUUACACGACACUGAAGGCCAUGAGAUGGAGGAUAAUUUCCGUCCAGUUCAAGAGUUGCACGAUAGAGAGCUGACUUACCGUCCGGAAGAUCCGAACAUGGACGAAUAAUUUCUUUCGUAUAUUUUUUUUAAUGUUGGAGGAUUGUCGAUUCCCGUUUGAUGUUACUUGUUACGCAAGAUGAUCCGUCAAGAAGAUCAAAUUCUGUUGUAUGCGGUUGUAUGAAUUAAUAAUAUAGAGCCUAAGAUUAUCAA